AAAAGCAUAUCAGGACCACAGACAGUUCAGUAAAGAAGCAUUCUCUACAUCAGCACCAUGGUGAGCUGUCGGCUACCUCUCUUCAUUGUCUCUGUUUAUCUUUUAAUACUCCUUGUAUAUGCCGAUGAGACCGUUGGGAUCAGGUCUGCAGAGGCCUCUGAUAACAACAGCCAGGAGGAAAAAGAACUGAUAGAAGCUUUACAAGACGUCCUGGAAAAACUCAAAAGUAAAAGAAUCCUUCCUCUGGACAAAAAGCUGGGAUGGGUGCCUUCGUGUGAUGCAGGUGAACAGUGUGCAGUAAGAAAAGGUGCGCGGAUUGGAAAGCUCUGCAACUGCCCAAGGGGAACCACUUGUAACUUCUAUAUUCUCAAAUGUUUGUAAACAAAGGUGCAUUUGACAAAGUGACAUGCAAAACUGGAGGAGAGAAUUAUUCUGGCAAGCAAGAGACGACUUGAUCUGUUAUGUGUUCCUGUUUUUACUUCAUCUUUUUAUGUGUUCCACCGAAGAUGACAAAUGCAAGAUAACCCAUUUAGCAACAGCAUGUUUUCAGUUUACACGCAACAAAUACAAACCUAAUAGACUAAGCAUUGAUGUGGAACUCCAGUUUUGUUGAAACGCAAGCAUUCUGGCAAACAUAGGUUCUUACCUCUGUCCUUUAAAUAGUGAGCUUGGCCAUUCCAUUGCACUUGCUCAAAUAUAAUGCUAAUUGGGAGGUUCUGCCUUUACAUCCUUGUCAUACUUUUAGACAUAUCACUUCUGAGCCAAAAAAAACGAAAAC